CUGGUUUUUCUUUAUCACAUUGUUUUGUGCUGUGAGUGAGUAAAACACCUCACAGCAAACACACACAACACGGAUCACAUAAAUUCAAGUUGCACAGAUCAAAACAGAAAGUUUUCUACGAGUUCGAACGCACGAUUAUCGCUGGCGCAACAUUAGUUUUGAGUUGGCUACCAACGCGAGCGGGUCAUUCUCUUUGCAAGCGACACACAUUUAGAAUCUUAAGGAUACUCCGAACGAAAUAAAUUUAUAAAUAUUUUAAUAUAUUUUAUUCACAACUGUAUUUUUUGUUUGUUGUUAAAUUUAAUGGUCAAUUUUUAAAAAAUUACUUUUUUUCACAAAAUCUCCUGUCCCCCCUACAACAACAAACAACUCUGAAACAAUAAUAAUAAACUGCGAAUUUUUAAGUAGUAAUUAGUUUAAUAAACAAAAUAAUAUAAAAGAAACAUACAAAUUUUAACAAAUUAAAUUAAAUAAAAAAAAAACAACAAAAACAAACGAAUAAAUUUUUUAACGGUUAAAACGUCAUUUUAAAUACAGUAACACGAAUUCAAAAUGAUGAUGGAGAACGGUCUCUCCAUGGAGUAUGGAGAUGGUUAUAUGGAACAAGAAGAGGAAUGGGAGCGUGAGGGACUUUUGGAUCCUGCCUGGGAAAAGCAACAAAAGAAGACAUUCACAGCUUGGUGCAACAGUCAUUUGCGUAAAGCUGGCACCUCCAUUGACAAUAUUGAAGAUGAUUUCCGUAAUGGUUUGAAAUUGAUGUUGUUGCUCGAGGUUAUCUCUGGUGAAACUUUGCCCAAGCCCGAUCGUGGUAAAAUGCGUUUCCAUAAAAUUGCCAAUGUCAACAAAGCCUUGGACUUUAUUGCCUCCAAAGGUGUACAUUUGGUAUCGAUUGGUGCCGAAGAAAUUGUCGAUGGCAAUUUAAAGAUGACACUUGGUAUGAUCUGGACCAUCAUCUUGCGUUUUGCCAUUCAAGAUAUCUCUGUUGAAGAGAUGACCGCCAAGGAGGGCUUGUUGUUGUGGUGCCAACGCAAAACCGCCCCCUACAAGAAUGUCAAUGUACAGAACUUCCAUCUUUCAUUCAAGGACGGUUUAGCCUUCUGUGCUUUGAUCCAUCGCCACAGGCCCGACUUGAUUGACUAUUCCAAACUCUCCAAAGACAAUCCAUUGGAAAAUCUCAACACUGCCUUUGAUGUUGCUGAGAAAUAUCUCGAUAUUCCUAGAAUGUUGGAUCCUGAUGAUUUGAUCAACACUCCCAAGCCGGAUGAACGUGCUAUCAUGACAUAUGUCUCUUGCUAUUACCACGCCUUCCAGGGAGCCCAACAGGUUGGAAAUGUGACGCAUGUACCCGAACCCACAAGACAAUACACCUACGUCCCGAAUAAUUACAAUGCGGAAACUGCUGCUAAUCGCAUUUGCAAAGUUUUGAAAGUCAACCAGGAGAAUGAACGUCUUAUGGAAGAGUAUGAACGUCUUGCCAGCGAUCUUUUGGAAUGGAUUCGCCGCACUAUGCCUUGGUUGAACUCUCGCCAAGCUGAUAACUCUUUGGCUGGUGUGCAAAAGAAAUUGGAAGAAUACCGCACCUACCGUCGCAAGCACAAGCCACCACGUGUUGAACAAAAAGCUAAGCUCGAAACUAACUUCAACACUUUGCAAACUAAAUUGCGCCUCUCUAAUCGCCCCGCCUAUUUGCCCACUGAAGGUAAAACCGUUGGUGAUAUCUCCAAUGCCUGGAAGGGUUUGGAACUCGCCGAAAAGGCCUUCGAAGAAUGGCUUUUGGCUGAAACCAUGCGUUUGGAACGCUUGGAACAUUUGGCCCAAAAAUUCAAGCACAAGGCCGAUGCCCACGAAGACUGGACUCGUGGCAAGGAGGAGAUGUUGCAAUCGCAAGAUUUCCGUCAAUGCAAAUUGAACGAUUUAAAGGCUUUGAAAAAGAAACACGAAGCUUUCGAAUCCGAUUUGGCCGCUCACCAGGAUCGCGUUGAGCAAAUUGCUGCCAUUGCCCAAGAGCUCAACACUCUUGAGUAUCAUGACUGCAUCUCCGUGAAUGCUCGUUGCCAACGCAUUUGCGAUCAAUGGGAUCGUUUGGGUGCUUUGACUCAACGUCGCCGCACUGCUUUGGAUGAAGCUGAGCGUAUUUUAGAGAAAAUCGACAUUUUGCAUCUUGAAUUCGCCAAGCGCGCCGCUCCCUUCAACAACUGGUUGGACGGUACACGCGAAGAUCUUGUCGAUAUGUUCAUUGUUCAUACCAUGGAAGAAAUUCAAGGUCUCAUCCAAGCUCACGAUCAGUUCAAGGCCACUUUGGGCGAAGCUGAUAAGGAAUUCAAUUUGAUUGUCAACUUGGUACGUGAAGUUGAAUCGAUUGUUAAGCAACACCAAAUCCCCGGUGGUUUGGAGAACCCCUACACCACUCUUACCGCCAACGAAAUGACACGCAAGUGGAGCGAUGUCCGCCAAUUGGUGCCACAACGUGACCAAACUUUGGCCAAUGAAUUACGCAAACAACAGAACAAUGAAAUGUUGCGCAGACAAUUUGCCGAAAAGGCCAACGUUGUUGGUCCCUGGAUUGAGCGCCAAAUGGAUGCCGUCACCGCCAUCGGUAUGGGUCUCCAAGGUUCUUUGGAAGAUCAGUUGCACCGUCUCAAGGAAUACGAACAAGCUGUAUAUGCUUACAAACCCAAUAUCGAAGAAUUGGAGAAGAUCCAUCAAGCCGUCCAAGAGUCGAUGAUCUUUGAAAACCGCUACACCAACUACACCAUGGAAACUCUCCGUGUCGGCUGGGAACAAUUGCUCACCUCCAUUAACCGUAACAUCAACGAGGUUGAAAACCAAAUUCUCACCCGUGAUUCUAAGGGCAUCAGCCAAGAACAAUUGAACGAAUUCCGUUCCAGCUUCAACCACUUCGAUAAGAACCGCACUGGCCGUUUGACACCCGAAGAAUUCAAGUCCUGCCUUGUCUCAUUGGGCUACUCCAUUGGCAAGGAUCGUCAAGGCGAAAUGGACUUCCAACGCAUCUUAGCUGUUGUUGACCCCAACUCGACUGGCUACGUACACUUCGAUGCCUUCCUUGACUUUAUGACUCGCGAAAGCACCGACACCGAUACUGCCGAACAAGUUAUUGAUUCAUUCAGAAUUUUGGCAGCUGAUAAGCCAUACAUCUUGCCCGAUGAACUGCGCCGUGAAUUGCCACCAGAUCAAGCUGAAUACUGUAUCCAACGUAUGCCACCAUACAAGGGACCCAACGGUGUACCCGGUGCCCUCGAUUACAUGUCAUUCAGUACAGCUUUGUACGGUGAAACCGAUUUGUAAACAAAUCCACUCAUGUGCCACAACAUACAAAUGUUAAACCAACCACUCAACUCAAAUAUAAUUCACCAAUCACUUGACUACUUAACAAAGAGUGAGAGCGACCGAUAAACCGUUCGAUUGGCCUACAACCAAACUCUAAAAACUAUAAUGUUUAAGUUUAAUUGCAAAAAAAGUCUAUAUAUUUCAUUGUUUAAUACUAACCCGCCCAAAAAUUAAUUUAUUUUUACGUUACAUUUGUUUUCGAGAUGCAUAAACUAAAUGUCCUUUAAAUACUAACCCCCGCACCGCAAAGUUACGUAAAUCAAUUAAAGUUUUUAAUACAAAAAAUCAAGAAUUACGGAUUUAAAGGCACUACAAAAUCAACCAACCAAAACAUCCACCCACCAACACGACUACUUAACAUCCACAUUAAGUUCCCCACAAUUAACUGAACAAUCGAAUCGUAUCAUCUGUUAUUAGUACACCACACAUGCAUAUCCUUGUUGUCAUCCUAGAGGCAAAUAAAUAAUUAUGGGAGAGUUUUUACCAACAACAACAUCAAAUAUAAAAUAUAGAGAGAGAACUAACUCAACCUAUUUAUUAUUUAUUUACUUUACUAAUUCAUUUAUUUAUUUAUUAAUUAUUAUUUUAUUUUUCUGUUUGUCGUACUUAAGAUGAAACUCAACUUGUGGAGAAUUUAAUGAAACAUACGUUCGUUCCAUUUACAUUGAGCAUCUGCUGGCGUUUUUUGUUUUCAACUCAAGUUUACUUUCUAACGAUUUAUAAACUGAAAUUGUCUGCAAAGACUGCUAACAACUCACGAUGAUCAUUGUGAAUGGAACCAUAAAAAAAGGUUCGAGCAUAAAAGCAAAGGGAAGAAAUUUUAGUUAAUAUUAUUAAAUCACAAUUAUUUUAAAUAUAGAAUUUAUACUACAUGAAUAAAUAAAUAAAUAAAUAUACAUAUAUGUAUGAACAUGAGAAUGUUUAAAGGCGAAAAGGGAGCGCUAAACAACAUCCACAAUAAAAUUUUAAUUCUUAUACAAAAUAUAUUUUUAUUUUAACAUUUUCAUCUGAGAUGAAUUUUUUUAAUAAGAAUAUUAUACUAAACUUUGAUAUUUUUAUUAUUUUAUUUUAUUUGUAUUAUUUUAUUUUUUAUAUAUUUUAAUUUUAUAACUUUAUUAAUUUAUAUUUGUUUUAUGAUUUUUGUUAAAUUAAUUAUUAAUUUAUUAUAACAAUUAUGUUAUUUUUAUUAUUACCGCCCAUAUAAUUUGAUUCUUUUAGUUUCUUUGUUUUCUUUAUUUUUCUUUAUUUAUAUUAUCAUUAAAAAAAAAAAAAAAACAAAAAAUUAUUUAAUAUUUUUUUAAAUUAAGGCAUAAUAAUACUACUACUAUUACUUGAUACUAUUAUAAUAUAAAUAUAUAAACAAGAGGGAGAAAUUAUUUUAUUACUAUAAUAAUAAUGAUAAUAAUAAUAUUAAUAACAACAACAUAAACAAAAUUAUGAAGAACACCAAAUCUAUUAAAGAAUGGAAGAAAACACAUCAAUCUAUGUAAAAUGUCGAAUGAUACAAAAACCAACUGAAUCAUUUUAAUAAAAAAAAACUAUUUACAAAACACAAUUAAAAAAAAAA